CAUAUUGAGAAGAAGUCUAUAUUUUUUUGUGUUGGGAUCCAGUGAGCGCAAACUUAGAAUUGGAAAAACCGUGUUCCUCUACCCUGGGAUAUCCGCUCUUCCUCUAUGCCUCUCUCAACUCUUGCAUAUAUCUUAGAGUUUUAAAAAUGGGCGACAAGCGAAAACUACAAGGUGAAAUAGAAAGAUGUCUCAAGAAAGUUAGUGAAGGAGUGGAAACAUUUGAGGACAUCUGGCAGAAGGUAUGAAUUUCUCAGAGACUAGCAUUUCUUUUUUUUAUAAGAUCGGCCUACAUAUUCUGAGCCCUAAGAAGGAUAGGUUAUUUUGAUGCCCAAAAAGACCAAAUCAGCACUCCCUGUUGACCACACAAUCGCAAUGAAUAUCACAAGUACUUUGCCUGUGACGUAAUCUCCCAGACGAAAUCAUCAUUUAUUUCAGAGAAAUGACAUUUUCUCAAUUGUGCCCACUAUGCUCAUUUACGCAUGAAAAUGGUUGGGGUUUGGGGGACUCGCAAGAACACAAUAAAUAUUGAACAGUGCAAAUUUUUUGUCUGUAAAUACUUCUUUAGUAACUUUAAAACAUGCUUCAAAAUUGGUUUUUGAUUUAUUUUGUGUUCCCUUGUUUUUCAUUCCUUUCAUUGUAUUGUAAUUUCUAAUAAAAGAAAAUUGUAAGCGACAUCAAAACAGCUCAGAGCCUGAAAUAAAUCGGUUUUUAUUAAUAACAAAAUUAAUCAUACAUUUUAAGAUUUUGGCUUGAAAAUUAGUUUGAGAUUUGCAUAAAAUCUGUACAGUACAUGAAAGUUAUGGAGGAAUUUUUCUUCAUUACAUGUAUAAAAAAACACCAUAAUUUUGAAAUGUAUAUCCUAAUAUGUUGCAAAUUUGAUUUCAAAGGUGGGCAAGAUUAAUGUCAUAAAAUGUUGCAACAAGAGCUUCUAGUGUUACUGUUUAUUGUAAAAAAUGAGGAUUGUUAAUUUGGCACCAGACUUUUCAAAGAGUUAAAGACGAAUACCAGUUCUACAUGUACAUGGAUUAGGAGAGAACCUGUAUUAUUUGAUUUGACAUGAAACUUCGUUCGCAAUUCAGAGAACUUUAUAAAUCAAAGUUUAAUAGAUUAUUUCAAAUAAACAUACAUGUACAUGUAGGUGAAUAUGCACAUAAUCCAUGUUUUUGUCUCACCUGCAUAGCAGAGUGAGACUAUAGGUGCCGCUUUUCCGACGGCGGCAGCGGCGUCAACACCAAAUCUUAACCUAAGGUUAAGUUUUUGAAAUGACAGCAUAACUUAGAAAGUAUAUGGACCUAGUUCAUGAAACUCGGCCAUAAGAGUAAUCAAGUAUCACUGAACAUCCUGUAUGCAUUUCAGGUCACAUGACCAAGGUCAAAGGUCAAUGAACUUUGGCCGUAAUGGGGGUAUCUGUUGAAUUACUAUCUUAACUUUGAAAGUUUAUGGAUCUGACUCAUGAAACUUGGACAUAAGAGUAAUCAAGUAUCACUGAACAUUCUGUGCGAGUUUCAGGUCACAUGACCAAGGUCAAUGGAUAUUGGCCAUGUUGGGGGUAUUUGUUGAAUUACCAUGAUAACUCUGUAAGUAUAUUGGUCUAGUUCAUAAAACUUGGACAUAAGAGUCGUCAAGUAUCACUGAACAUCUCAUGCGAGUUUCAGGUCACAUGACCAAAGUCAAAGGUCAUUUAAGGUCAUUGAACUUUGGCAACUUUAGAGGUAAUUAUUAGAUUGCUGUCAUAACUUUCAAAGUUUUUAGAUAUAGUGUAUUAAAUGUGGAUAUAGGGGAAAUCAAGUAUCACUGACAAGUUUUAGGUCACAUGAUUAAGGUCCAAUGUCAAUGAACGUAGUAUUGUAUCAUAUGAAUGGUGUUUUUUGUGAAUAAUUAUUUAAAUGGUGUUUUUCAAAGUCAGCACUGCUGCUAUAUUGAAUCGCGUGAUGCAGGUGAGACCGCCAGAGGCAUUCCACUUGUUAAUACUUUCUGCUUGAUUUUUUGUUUAUUUACACAGUUACAUGUACUAAGUUUUCAUUUUAGAGGAUGUUAUACAUUUUAUAUAUUUGUAUUUUAUCACAAUUUACAUUUUGAAAUACAUGUAAGAAUCAUAUUUCCAUCUGUCAUUAAAGAAAUGUUUAACUUUAGAAAAUGUUUUGAGGAUUUUUAAGGGUCCAAGACCUCAAAGCCACUGUGAAGUUAUUGGUUCAAAAUGAACCAGGCCUUGGAGGCAAUGUGUCAAGGUACUUUUACAAUGCUACUGUGUGAUCUGUAGUAUGGUCAUCUUGUUUUAUAGGUUCACAAUGCAACAAAUAGCAAUCAGAAGGAGAAAUAUGAAGCAGACUUGAAAAAGGAAAUCAAGAAGCUCCAGAGGUUAAGAGAUCAAAUAAAAUCAUGGGCGGCUUCUAAUGAGAUCAAGGACAAGAGGACACUAUUAGAAAACAGGAGAUUGAUUGAAACGCAAAUGGAAAGAUUUAAAGUGGUAGAGAGGGAAACGAAAACGAAAGCAUACUCGAAAGAAGGAUUAGGGUUAGCAGCAAAAGUUGACCCUGUGCAAAAGGAGAAAGACGAUGUUUCAAUGUGGAUGAGGGGCUGCAUAGACAAGCUUACAGUGCAGAUAGAUUCAUUUGAAAUGGAGGUUGAAAACAUCACAUCGUCUUCAAAAAAGAGGAAAAUCCCAACGGAUAGGCAAGAAAGAUUAGAUGAGCUAGCAAAGUGGUUAGAGAAUCACCGGUACCACAUCAGGCAAUUAGAGACGCUUAUGAGAAUGUUGGACAACAGCACGAUAGAGGUCGAUCAGAUCAAGAAAGUACAGGACGAUUUGGAGUACUACAUUGACUACUCACAGGAUCCUGACUUUGAGGAGAAUGAGUUCAUGUAUGAUGAACUAGAACUUGAUGAUGAAGCUGGUCUAUUAGCGACUUCACCGGAAGAAGAAAACCAUCUGAACAGUGACACGCCACUGAGUAGUUCACCCAUCGUUAGCAGUAGUUUGCCCUCCUCAUCAAACCAUUCCAAAGAUAAGGUAGAAGAUGAUAAGAAAUCAAGAACGAAGUCGGUGGAUGAUACAUCGUUAUCGUCAUCAUCAUCACCGAGGAAAGGUUCAGCAAAGAGUACGAGUAGCUUAUCUUCGUUGAAUUCCAUUCCCAUAACAACUACAUCAUCCACUCAGCAGAGUAGACCAACGAUAACCAGAGUUUCUUCAUCACCGGGUACGUCAACAACCAACUCUUCGGCGUCGUCGUUCAGUGGCUUGCAAGCGCCCAUCAAAAACAGCCUUAGCAAAGCAAAUAGUGUACCGUCAGCAACGACACCACAUGCAAUAGCACAACCUCCCCCAGGGCCUGCGUAUGCUGUAGCAGCAGGGGGUCAGACACAUAAUUCACAAGGGUCAAAUGCUGCAAAUCGGGUUACAUCGCAACAACCGACAGCAGUGUCAUCCCAUAUGAUGUCCAAUAGCAUGUCAUUAAGCAGCUCAACCAUGGUGCAGUCCUCAUCAAACCCUCAACAUAACAACACUCCGAGACAAGAUAUGAAUGGCCCUCAUCAAGGUUACAGCAUAGAGCUCCUCACAAGCAGCGUAGCAAACCUGUCGACCAACAGCACGCUCUCAUCGUCAUCGUCGCACAUCCCUCACAUGGCUCAUAGCACAGUGCCAUCAUCAUCCUCUGCCACGUCCUCGUCAUCAAUGCCCUUCAUGGCGUCAUCGAUGGUAAUGCCCACCUCCUCAACGGUGGAGACCAACGCAGUAGUCACUGCCCUUUCCACGAGUGCAGCCAUGCUGACCAAAAGUUCAGAUGCUAUGGUCAACGGCCCGCUAAGCCCGGAGAAUAAGGAGGAUGACAGCAGCUCAAUGUCAACGCUGAAGACAAUGGCACAGAAAGUUGUGAUGAGUUCGGGGUUAGAGAACUUCCAGUCCGAUCUCAUAACAGAAAACAUGGUCUAUAACAGUACUUCCAGGAGCGAGAGCCAGGGUCAGUCAACAACGCCUGCCAACAGCACACCGCAGUAUCAAGAGACCACCAUCCCUCCGUUACUGGGUGUGGCGCCCCUCGGACCCGUCACGUUAUCCAAGGAGCAGAGACUACAACAGAGUGUCAUGGAGAGCUGCUUUCACCACUUGCCGCUUCCCUCAGACUCAGAGAGGUUAAGAAACUACCUUCCAAGGAACCCAUGCCCCACCCCUACGUAUCAUUGUCAGGUGAUGCCUCAUAGAAUGGGGACACUAGAGUUCUUUAUGAGAUUAUCAACAGAGACGUUAUUCUUCAUCUUCUAUUAUCAAGAAGGAACAAAGGCCCAGUAUUUGGCUGCAAAGGCCUUGAAGAGGCAAUCAUGGAGAUUCCAUACCAAGUACAUGAUGUGGUUUCAACGACAUGAAGAGCCAAAGACAAUCACUGAAGAAUACGAGCAAGGAACAUACAUCUACUUUGACUAUGAGAAAUGGGGACAGCGGAAAAAGGAAGGAUUCACGUUCGAGUAUAGAUAUCUGGAAGAUCGAGAGCUCUGAGAUUUGCUGCACCCACCCCCCGUGUGAUGAUACCCCAUCCAGUCUAUUCAAGCCACUGCUGGGGAUCAGCGAAACGCGUGAUCAGUGACUGACUCUCAAUUUCUGACAAGAAGCUGACGCUUGAAAUUCUUUUUUCUCCGGGAGUCGGGCUAGUCUCCUGCCCGACCAUCUUGUGAUUGUGUUAUUCUAUGUCAUGUGUACAGUUUGUGAAUGAAGACAAAAACAAAAGCAAGAAACAGUAUGUCUUGGAGUACCAAUUCCAGAUGUGUUUUAUCUAUCUUGGCAUAAUUUUACAAGGAUAUGAAGAUGAUGACAACAACAAAAAAAAAUGAUAAAAAAAGACGAACUUUUUUUCUAAAAAUUUUAGCCAAGCAGUAUACGUCGUGCUCUCCGUUUCAUGUAAGUUGCCCACUCCUUUCUUAUUCAUAUCUCUAUUACAUCUUCCUCUCUAUGACUUUUAUCAGUUUCAAUCUUUUAUGAGGGAACAAUAUUUUUGUGCGUGUCUGUUGUUUACUGAUCGAAAUUUAUGUUAUGUAUGCAUGUGUCGUACACAUUACAUAGUGAUUUCAUCCAGUAGGAAUCUCCUGCAAAUGUUCUACAAGAAUGAGAAUCUUAUUCUCGAUUCAUAUUUUAAAACCAAAGUCACAGUAUGUAUUAUUCAUUUUUCCUUUUAUUACAAUAUCAAAAUAUAAAUGAGACAUGCUUAAGUAGUUACUUAAGAUCAAACAGAUUUAAUAUGUGAAAUGUAGCAUUAUCUGUUAUCUUAAAUGGCUACGAGUCAAAAUUUCUUGCCCUUGCGAUUACCAAGUUGAAAGAAGAGUACGGAAUUGAACACGAACAUGGUAUUGGUGGGAUUAAAAUAAAAUAGAGCUCUCCAUUCUUAAUGUUGACAUAACUGAACAUACGUCCUUUGAUAUUUUGAUUUUGACAACAUGAUUUUUCCGGCAUAAUUCUGCCAGAAUACUUAUUUUUCUCUUGUGUCAAAACAAUGCAAUCUUACAUUCAGCUUACAUCCUCUGAAAUACAACAAGUGGGACUGUAGAGACCUCAAUAUGCUAAUUCAUUUACAUAUUAUAUCAUGGUGGUAUUUACUCUUCAUUUUCUGCAGAACAUUCUUGAUUUUAACCCAUUCCUUUUAAAGUGCUAGUUAUGCUUCCCAUAUACAUGCAUUAAUACAUCUAACAAUUCUUUUUUUGUUAUGAUACAGAAAAUGAUAUGGAGUAAAGUUCUGAUUGCUACUUUCUAAAGGCCCGUUUUCUCAUAAGAGGUUUAAAUUGUACCAUGGUAUAAAACCAUGAACUAUGCAGAUUAAUUUCAUUAACGCGCUUCAUUUUAAGCGCACUUUGCCGAAAGCGCGCAUUUAAUUGGAUUUAACUUUGUGUACGCGACAAAAUAAACGUAAUUAUGAUAAAAAAAUCUGCAUAGUCCAUGGUUUUGUACCAUGGUACAAUUGAAACCUCUUUUGAGAAUACAGGCCAAUAUGUUUAUAAGUUUAGUACAAACAAGAAACUGUGCAUGUCUCCAUGCUGAAUGAAGAGACAAUGUCCCUGUCUUGAAGUUGCAUGUGACUCCAAGAUCAUCUAUGGAAUGCCAUUAGUGCCAUUAUCAGUACCAAAUAAUGUGCACUGUCUGAGUAUUGAAUCAAGGCAUGGUCAAUUAGAUAAUAUGUCCAUGAGUGUUUGUUGUCUUUAACAUUGCUGAUACGUGACACGUCUAGGUGAGGGAUUAUGAUGUCAGUGGCUUUCCAUAGUUGAGAUUGAUUUGGAUCAGUCACACCCUUUGUAACACAGGGACUAGUUAUAUAGCAUUUGUGAACUCAAGCCUCGGUUUGUGGCAGUUUUACAAAGGGUCAAAUUUAUUCACAAAUUCCUGUUUGUUUGUGGUAUGUACAACAAAUUACCACAUUGGUCAGAUAAUGUUCAGAGGAUGCAAGUAAAUUGUUCAACACAUCACUCUGAUCACCUGUCCGUAACACAAUAAAUAAUAUAACAAUGCAGUUGAUAAAGAUACAUCAUUGGCAGGGUACCAAAGAGGGCAAAUAAUUUGUCAUUAUGCGCCAUGCGCAAGCACUUUUCUUUAGUCUGAUAAAUGCAUUGAAGAAUAUGCUUGUGCAGUGAGAAUUCACCUUGCACCCUGAAAUGUGAGUUUCAAAAUCUGAAUUUGUUUCUAUACAUUCACUUAUUCAUAAUUAGUUGUAAUGGAAAUCUGUUGUAAGGUUUUCUUCUAUUAAGAUGAAAAUUGCCAAUCAACAAACAAUGUGCAAUCAACACUCGACUAUUGUAACAAGUAAGAUUUUGCAUUUUAACUAUUUUCUUCUUCCACUUUGUGAUGUUGACUAUCAACAUCCUUUCUUUUCCUUAUUGUUCCAUCUUCGUAAUUAUCCGUGUUCUAGGCUUUUGUUCAUAGUAUACCAAAUUCUAAAGAAAGGCUGAUGAUGUUUGAUAUUCUGAGGUACAUACAGGUCUGCAUACCAUUUAGAGUUUGGAGUUAUCCAAUAUUAGAGAUGGAAUGGAUUGUACUCUUGCUUCCAUGUUUUCAACAUUAUACAGUACUAAACCAGGUGACUUGAUUUGGGAAGUUAGGGUGCAUCUUUGUUUACGCUUGUUUUUUCUCUGUACUUUAUCUUCAGACUUGUGAUAUUUGAAGAGAAAGCAGAAAUAGAAACUUGCAUGUAUAGAUUGAACAGUAUUUGAGUUUAGUACUUGCCAGAGGUUAGCUUUUUUUUUAAUGUUUAAAGUUUGAAAACAGAAUCGACAUCUUGAGACCCCUCUACAUCCCCCUCCCCUUCCCCAAUCCUCCCCUGCCCCUCCCCCACCCCCUUGAAAUAGAAAUAUACCAUUGCAAAUCAUAUGGAUGACUACAAAUCGUGUCACUUUGCUUUGACAUCAAUUAUGUACUCCUAUGUACUUGAAUCCUGGCCAAACACGUUUUUGCAAGCUGACAAAUGAAAGGAAUUUGUAAACCACAGGCCUUCAUGUACAAGUAAAUAAGAGAUAAAUUUAUUUCCUAAAAAUGACUGAAUGAUAUACAGGAUACAUAGUUGAAAUUAUCUAAAAUAAGUCAAAUCGAUGUUAUUUCUCUGCAUUGAAUACUUAAUUUAAUGUUUUGAAUAUCAGUGUUAUUAUUUAUCAAUAGGGAGAUGUGAUUCUGAAAUUACAAUUUGUUCAAAUGUACAAGGUACAUGUACAUGUAUUCAAUCAACCGAAUCAUGCCAAAUGUGAGAUUUUACAAUUGAAGAAAAACGUGUCUUCAGUUUAGCUUGUAUUUAUAUUUACUAAGGAUAAAAUAAUUUGUCAUAAUAAUGAUUGUUUUUAAAUGUAAUUGUAUGGUAUAUAAUUUUAUAUUUGAUUUAAUUUGACCUUUUUUCUUGGAGGGCGUCUGUGCUAUUUAUUUUGGAUACCGAUGCAGAUACGAUAUUACAAUUCACUAACAUUUCACCUGCUACAUUUUCUACCAUCUGAAUACAUGUAUCAUUACAAAACUAAUUCAAAUCAUCAUAAAUUUUCUUUGUUCCGGUUAUAUACUUUCAGCAUGAGCAAAUCAGUGUUAACACUGCUGUGGUCAAACCUUCAUUCAAUAGAAAAUUCUGACUGGCGUACUUUAAAGUACUUUAAAGGUCGAGUCCACCCUAGAAAAAUGUUGAUUUGAAUAAAAAGUGAAAAAUCAUAUAAACAUAAUGCUGAAAAUUUCAUCAAAAUUUGAUGUAAAAUAUGAAAAAAGUAUGAUAUUUUAAAGUUUUGUUUGGUUUUCACAAAACAGUUAUGUGCACAACUCAGUGAUAUGGAAAUGAGAAAGUCGAUGAUGUGAGUCACUCAAUGCAUGUAUUUCUUUUAUUGUUUGAAUUGUACAAUAUUUAAUUUUUUACAAAUUUGACAAUAAGGACCAACCAUAAUAUGUUAUAAUAAUGGUAAUUCCACAUGUUCAGGGGGGGGUAAACCUUUCUUUCACAUGGCAAUGAGGGGGAAAGUAGAAUAUUUCAUGUAAUAAAAUACAAAAGAGCAGUGAGUGGGUGACUUCAUCAGUCCCCUCAUUUGCAUACAUACCAGGAUGUGCAUUUACAACGUAGCUGUUUUGUGAAAUUAAGUCAAAUUUUAGAUGUCAAAAUUUGCUUAAUUUCAUCCAUUUUUUAUGACAGUUUCAGUGUUAUGCUUGUUGGAUUUUUCUCUAUUUACUCAGAUCACUUCGUUGGGGUGGACUUGUCCUAAAGGCACUUUUUGAGUGGUUAGUGUGUAUAUUGUCUACCAGCAGAUCCGUAACCUAUAGCAAAUUUGCAAUCAACAGCAAGACCUGUAAUUAAUUCUGAGACUAAAUUGACAUGUAAUUGAUUGCAAGUUUCUUAUCAUGCCCCCCUUUGACUCAGUUGCUAUUUUACCAACUGGUUUGUAAAACCAUUCAUUCAUUACCUAAGAAUCUAUUCACUUAUUUUUUUAUUAACAUAUAUUCUAUGCAAGGUAAAAAUCACUGGAUCGGAUGAAUGAAUCUUGGGGAUAUGAAAUGUUGAAUCUGUGCAAUCUGUUUCUCCUAAAAAGUACUCUUUCUUUUGUAUAAACUGAUCUUGUACAGACUUUUAGAGAACAUCUUUUAUCCUUACUACUACUGCAUACCCUAUGGUGCCUCAUGAUGAUUACCACAAACCUCAAGUUUCACUGACUGUGUUCCAACUUCGUAUUUUGGUUGCAUGUGUAUUUUCGAACGUUUGAUGCGAUCGCAGCUUUUGAAUGAAAUCAGUGAAAGCAAUUUAAGUAGCCAAAUGCAAGUCUGUACACUUACAGGGGGGGGGGCGACAUCGGAUUGCAGUUUUUUAUCUCUAUUAAUUACUAAGCUAUAGGAGGGGGGUUACUUUCUAUUGAUGACUCUCAUGGAAACCUUGAUGGUAAAUUUCCUGCAGUUGGCCCUUGGACCGUGUUGAGCAUCUAAUGUCACAACAAUGGUAAAAGUGCUCUAAUCGCCAAUCAAAUGCCAGGAUUCAAAUUAAGUAACCACGGUAAUCACUUUUAUGCAACAGUUAAUAUAUUCAUUAUAAUGUGAGUGUUCACAGAACAGGUAUUGAGCCUAUUUUGCACAUUACAAUGAAGUUUUGAUGAGAUUGUGUGAUAUGUCAUCACCAGUAUCUCAACAUGCUAUGUCCAUGGCUACUUUCAUCGCUUCCCAGAUCUGGGACUUCAAAGUUGCAAUGGUAUUAUAUGUUACGAUCAUGUUACAUUUGCCUUUUGAAGUUCUGAUGAGUAUUACCUUUGUAGAACUUAAUAGUGUGCCCCAAAAAGCAUGAUUGGUUAUAUAGUCAUUAACAAAUAAGUGGCAUCAUAGGUUUUGUAUUACAUCAUACAUGCAAUUGUGCAACACAAUUGGAAUAUACUACACUAUCAGGUACUUAACAAACAUAUUUUUUCUUGUGUGUCAAUGUGUCCAAAUAUUUUCUCUGCCUUCAAAAAACUUAUUGUUUUACUCAUUUAUCUCAAAGAGUUCUCCAUAGUUACAACUGGAAAUUUGAUGAAUAUAUUGAUUCAUGAUUUUAAAAGAAGUGAAUAUUCCCUUAUAAAUAUUGUAAUGUCUGCUACUCAGCAUUCACUUAUUUUAUUAUCAUGAAUUCAAUAAACAAACAUACUUGUAUGUGCACAAUAUAGAAAUGUCAUCACUUUAAGAAAUUAAUUGUUUAAAGAAUUUGUUUACACAUUGAUUGUACACUGCAAUUCUGUUAAUCUCACUUUCUCAUUGGCAAUAUGCCAAUAUCAUUGCAAAGUUUAAGAAAUCUGAAAAGUUAUACCUUUUCCCAUUUGUUAAGGGUGAUGAAUUUCUUAUUCACAAAAGCACUGUCUAUCUAGAUUCUAAGCAUCAUUCUUUUCAGUAGAAAAAAUAUAUUCCCUCUCUUCCUUGAUGUGUCUCUUUUUCUUUUUUCUUUUUUUACUGUCCAUCGAAAUUGUAUGUGUAUUUUGUUAUACUGUCAAAAUUGUAUUUCUCUUGUCUCAUUCUGAUUAAGUUUAGUGGCAACAAUGUAAAUGGAUUCGUUUAUCCCUUUCCAUGAAAGGAGUGAGAAACUUACUGACGGAAAUAAAACUAUUUUGCUGGCAAACUA